UGAGAAGGAAGACCAAGCUUGAGGUGGAGUAUCCAUGGAGGUGUGGAGCCUUGUCCCCAACCUCUAACUGCAGAACUGGGAUGUGGAGCUGGAAGUGCCUCCUCUUCUGGGCUGUGCUGGUCACAGCCACACUCUGCACUGCCAGGCCGGCCCCGACCUUGCCUGAGGAAGCCCAGCCCUGGGGAGCCCCUGUGGAAGUGGAGUCCUUCCUGGUCCACCCUGGCGACCUGCUGCAGCUUCGCUGUCGGCUGCGGGACGAUGUGCAGAGCAUCAACUGGCUGCGGGACGGGGUACAGCUGGUGGAAAGCAACCGUACCCGCAUCACAGGGGAGGAGGUGGAGGUGCGGGAGUCCGUGCCUGCCGACUCCGGCCUCUACACUUGCGUGACCAGCAGCCCCUCGGGCAGCGACACCACCUACUUCUCCGUCAAUGUCUCAGAUGCUCUCCCCUCCUCAGAGGAUGACGACGAUGAUGAUGACUCCUCUUCAGAGGAGAAGGAGACAGAUAACACCAAACCAAACCGUAUGCCUGUGGCUCCAUAUUGGACGUCCCCAGAAAAGAUGGAAAAGAAGUUGCAUGCAGUGCCAGCUGCCAAGACCGUGAAAUUCAAAUGCCCUUCCAGUGGGACGCCCAACCCCACGCUGCGUUGGUUAAAAAAUGGCAAAGAAUUCAAACCUGACCACAGGAUUGGAGGAUACAAGGUCCGUUACGCCACCUGGAGCAUCAUAAUGGACUCUGUGGUGCCCUCUGAUAAGGGCAACUACACCUGCAUUGUGGAGAAUGCAUAUGGCAGCAUUAACCACACCUACCAGCUCGAUGUUGUGGAGCGGUCCCCUCACCGGCCCAUCCUGCAGGCAGGGCUGCCCGCCAACAAGACGGUGGCCCUGGGCAGCAAUGUGGAGUUCAUGUGCAAGGUGUACAGCGACCCACAGCCUCACAUCCAGUGGCUAAAGCACAUCGAGGUGAAUGGGAGUAAGAUCGGUCCAGACAACCUGCCCUACGUCCAGAUCUUGAAGCAUUCGGGGAUUAAUAGCUCGGAUGCGGAGGUGCUGACCCUGUUCAAUGUGACAGAGGCCCAGAGCGGGGAGUAUGUGUGUAAGGUUUCCAAUUAUAUUGGUGAAGCUAACCAGUCUGCGUGGCUCACUGUCACCAGACCUGUGGCAAAAGCCCUGGAAGAGAGACCAGCGGUGAUGACGUCGCCCCUGUACCUGGAGAUCAUCAUCUACUGCACAGGGGCCUUCCUCAUCUCCUGCAUGGUGGGAUCCGUCAUCAUCUACAAGAUGAAAAGUGGCACCAAGAAGAGCGACUUCCACAGCCAGAUGGCCGUGCACAAGCUGGCCAAGAGCAUCCCCCUGCGCAGACAGGUGUCAGCUGACUCCAGCGCAUCCAUGAACUCUGGGGUUCUUCUCGUUCGACCCUCACGUCUCUCCUCCAGUGGGACCCCCAUGCUGGCUGGGGUCUCUGAAUAUGAGCUUCCAGAAGACCCUCGCUGGGAGCUGCCUCGAGACAGACUGGUCCUAGGCAAACCCUUGGGAGAGGGCUGCUUUGGGCAGGUGGUGUUGGCAGAGGCCGUUGGGCUGGACAAGGACAAACCCAACCGUGUGACCAAAGUGGCGGUGAAGAUGUUGAAGUCGGAUGCAACAGAGAAAGACCUGUCAGACCUGAUCUCAGAAAUGGAGAUGAUGAAGAUGAUCGGGAAGCACAAGAACAUCAUCAACCUGCUGGGGGCCUGCACGCAGGACGGUCCUCUGUAUGUCAUCGUAGAGUACGCCUCCAAGGGCAACCUGCGGGAGUACCUGCAGGCCCGGAGGCCCCCUGGGCUGGAGUACUGUUACAACCCCAGCCACAACCCAGAGGAGCAGCUCUCCUCCAAGGAUCUGGUGUCCUGUGCCUAUCAGGUGGCCCGAGGCAUGGAAUAUCUCGCCUCCAAGAAGUGCAUACACCGAGACCUGGCCGCCAGGAACGUCCUGGUGACGGAGGACAACGUAAUGAAGAUUGCAGACUUCGGCCUAGCUCGGGACAUUCACCACAUCGACUACUAUAAAAAGACGACCAACGGCCGACUACCUGUGAAGUGGAUGGCACCUGAGGCGCUGUUCGACCGCAUCUACACCCACCAGAGCGACGUGUGGUCCUUUGGGGUGCUCCUGUGGGAAAUCUUCACUCUGGGCGGCUCCCCAUAUCCUGGUGUGCCUGUGGAGGAGCUUUUCAAGCUGCUGAAGGAGGGUCACCGUAUGGACAAGCCCAGCAACUGCACCAAUGAGCUGUACAUGAUGAUGCGGGACUGCUGGCAUGCAGUCCCCUCUCAGAGACCUACCUUCAAGCAGCUGGUGGAAGACCUGGAUCGCAUUGUGGCCUUGACCUCCAACCAGGAGUAUCUGGACCUGUCGAUGCCCCUGGACCAGUACUCUCCCAGCUUUCCCGACACCCGAAGCUCUACCUGCUCCUCAGGAGAGGAUUCUGUCUUCUCUCAUGAGCCGUUGCCGGAGGAGCCCUGUCUGCCCCGACACCCAGCCCAGCUUGCCAAUGGUGGACUCAAACGACGCUGACUAGCCCCCCACUCUCCCUUCCAAACCCCAUUGUUCGCUGUGACCCUCACCCACAGCUCCCUGCUGGACUCACUGCCUUUCCCUAGUCCCCUUCCUGCUGGUAGGAGCCAGCUGCCUACUUGAGGCCUUCCUGUGUGGCCUUCGCCCCACUGAGCUCACCGCUGUUCCUCCUCCUCCUCUCCACCUGCUGUGAGAGAGAGGAGCAAAGAGGCAGGUACUUGCUGAUGGCCACUUUGUUCUCUCCCACGUGUUGGACCAAGACCCCUCCCUGCCACCUAGCGCUGCCUGGAGGGUUGGGAGUGGGAGAUGAACGGCACGCGAGUGAGAGCUCACUGAGCUUACUUGUGUUGGUUUUGUCUGUUUCACUUUACCCGGGAGCCCCUUGCAUUCUGGUGGCAGGUGCCUUGUCCUCGGGGCUGCAGCAUAGGGAGGUCAGUACAUCAAGCCUCAACUGAAGGUGACCUCUGCUCCAGAUGGAUGGUGCCAGUGGCUUAUUAAUUCCAGUACUAAUUUGCUUUGCUGACCAAAUACCUGGUACCAGAGGACAAGGAGGCAAAGGCUGGGAGCAGUGUUGUGGCCCUGGGGCCCAGCCCCAAACAGGGGCUUUGUAUAUAGCUAUGAAGAAAACACAAAGUGUAUAAAUCUGAGUAUAUAUUUACAUGUCUUUUUAAAAGGGUCAUUACCAGAGAUUUACCCACUGGGUAAGAUGCUCCUGGUGGCUGGGAGGCAUCAGUUGCUAUAUAUUAAAAACAAAGAAAAAAAAGGAAAAUGUUUUUUAAAAGGUCAUAUAUUUUUUGCUACUUUUGCUGUUUUAUUUUUUUAAAUUAUGUUCUAAACCUAUUUUCAGUUUAGGUCCCUCAAUAAAAAUUGCUGCUGCUUCAUUUUUA